AUGUUCUUCCACGGCGGACUGGGUGGUAUGGGUAGGGCCCAAGACGGUCCAGUCGAUACUCGUCUGUAUGAUGUACUUAAAGUGAAGCCUGACGCCAGUGAUGACGACAUUAAAAAGGCAUAUCGCAAGCUAGCUAAAGAAUUUCAUCCUGACAAAAAUCCCAAUCAUGGGGACCAGUUCAAAGAGAUAAGUUUCGCAUACGAAAUUCUAUCCAAUCCAGAACGGCGACGAAGGUAUGAUAUUGGAGGUUUGGAUGCUAUCAAAGAGGGAGGCGGCGGAGGCGGUUUCGGAGGAGAUCUAUUUUCCCAUAUAUUUGGCGACGAUGACGAUUCACCCUUCAGCGGAUUUUUUGGAAUGGGUGGUGGACGACGUCGAACUCGACGGAAGUUCCAGGAUACUGUGUAUCCUCUGAAUGUCAGUCUCGAAGAAGUUUAUAUGGGUAAAACGUCGAAACUCCGAUUAUCCAAGAAGGCACUAUGCACGAAAUGCAAAGGGAGUGGUGGAAAAACCGGACAGUCUUACGAAUGUCACUCCUGCCGUGGUAGAGGAGUGAAAAAUCUCGUACAACAAAUAGGGCCUGGCAUGGUUCAGCAAAUGCAAGUCAGAUGUAGUGAUUGCGGAGGAGAUGGUUCUCGAAUUCCUGAAUCCGAUAAAUGUGUCAAUUGUAAGGGAGAAAGGUGUGAAGAAGUGAAAAAAAUUUUAGAGGUUCACGUAGAACCUGGUAUGCGGCAUAAUGACAAGAUUACAUUUCCAGGCGAAGGGGACCAAUCCGAUCCAGACAUCGAACCUGGUGACGUUGUCAUUGUGAUACAGGUUAAACCUCAUGAUGUGUUCGAGAGGGAAGGUGACGACCUGAUUGCGAAGAAGUCUAUAUCGUUAAACGAAGCUUUGUGUGGUUAUGAGAUUCCUUUGAAACACUUGGAUGGGCGUACUUUAAUUCUUAAAAACAAACCGGGUGACAUAAUAACUCCAGACUGCGUGCGUGGCAUCGUAGGGGAAGGCAUGCCACAAAGGCGUCAUCAUGACAUUCGCGGAAAUCUCUACAUAAAGUUUGAUGUUGUAUUUCCUAAUGAACAUUUUCUUGAAGAUGAGUCGAAGUACAAGAUUAUUGAAUCAGCAUUUCCUCCCGUUCGGAAAGUUGCGCAUCCUCCAAAUAGCGAAGAGGUAUCAUUAAUGGAGUACGAUGAGAAGCGAUAUCGUGGAGGAAGAGCUGGCCAAGCAUACGACGAAGAUGGAUCAGAUGAAGAGAUGGGUGGACAUGCACAUCACGGACCACAAGUUCAGUGUGCGCAGAGUUGA